GCUGCAGGACUGCGGUCCCGGGGGUCCGUGCCCUCCGCGCGGUGCUCGCAGCCGCAUCCCGGGAGUGUGGGCGGGACUCGCGGGGGCGGGGCCGAGCACGGGCCGCUGGGGGCGCCCGGCACCGCCCCUCCUGGUCCGGCCAGCCUGAGCGCCCGCCUGGCGCGCGUCCGAAUCUCCCGCCGACGCCCAGUCGUCCCCGAGGCGCGGCCAAUCAUCGUCCAAGAGACCUCGGCGGCCCGGCCGCCCCGAUACCGGGGGCGGGGGGAGCCCUUCCCUCGGGCCCCUCAUCAGUAAAGCCGAGGCGGUGUCGUGGCUGACACAGCGUCGCUCGUCCCCAAACCAGUGCUCUCCUGCCGGCCUGCCUAGGGCCUCGCGAACCCUCCCGACGCCCUGCUGACGGUCUCGCCCCGCCCCUAGCCAAUGGCCUGCCGACGGUCUGUCAUCCACCCCCCACGCCGGCCUGCCGAUGGUAUCCACUGCUCCCUAUCGACUUCGGAUGGUCUCGCUCAUCCUUCCCACCCACCUUCACCUCCCUGCAGGCCUGCAGACGGUAGUGCCGUCCUGCCGAUGGUCUUAUCUAUCCCCCCCGACGCCGUCCCGCCGAUGGUCUCGCUCACAACGGCCCCCGACGCCGGCCUGCUGAUGGUUUGUUGUCCACCCCCUCGUCGGCCUGCCGAUGGUCUCGUCCAUCCUUCCCAUCCACGUUCACCGUCCUGCCGAUGGUCUUAUCUGUCCCGCUCACGCCGUCCCGCGGAUGGUCUCGCCCACCCCUCCCCCCGGCCCGCGACGCCGGCCUGCUGAUGGUCUGCGUUCCACCCCCACGUCGGCCUGCCGAUGGUCUCGCCCUCUCCCCCCCGUCAUUGGUCUCUUCCGGCGCGGCGCUGGAGCGCGGGGCGGGGCGGUGCCGGGGGCGGUUGGGCGCGCAGUCUGCACGGAGAGGACCGCUUCGGCCCGGGGACCCGCCGCGCUCGCCAUGGACAGCCGGCCGCGAAGCCCCGCGGGUCGUGGGAGCCGCGAUGCCGACGCCAGCUCGCCGCCCGCGCGCUGGAGCCUCGGCCGGAAGCGGAGAGCCGACGGGAGGCGCCGCCAGCCCGAGGAUGCCGAGGGCCCAGCCGAGCGGGCGGGCGACCGCAGGCCCGACAGCUUCACCACUCCUGAAGGCCCCCAGCCCCAUACUAGAUGUUCAGACUGGGCAAGUGCGGUUGAAGAAGACGAAAUGAGGACCAGAGUUAACAAAGAAAUUGCAAGAUAUAAAAGGAAACUCCUCAUAAAUGACUUUGGAAGAGAGAGAAAAGCAUCAUCUGGAAGUUCUGACUCGAGGGAGUCUGCGUCUGCCGUGCCAGCCGACCUGGAGACUGAUGAGAGCGUCCUGAUGAGACGGCAGAAGCAGAUCAACUAUGGGAAGAACACCAUUGCCUAUGACCGCUACACCAGGGAGGUCCCGAGACAUCUUCGACAACCUGGCAUUCAUCCCAAGACACCCAACAAAUUCAAGAAGUACAGUCGGCGAUCGUGGGACCAGCAGAUCAAGCUCUGGAAGGUGGCUCUGCACUUCUGGGAUCCUCCAGCUGAAGAAGGAUGUGACUUGCAAGAAAUCCAUCCUGUGGACCUCGGGGAAAUGGAGACGGAAUCUGCAGAGAGCAGCUCUGAGUCCCAGACGAGCUUUCAGGACAACUCCGAUGUGUACUCUGGUACACCCACCAAAGUUAGACACGUGGACUGCCAAGUGGAGGAUGAGUUUGACCUGGAAGCCUGUUUAACUGAGCCUUUGAAAGACUUCUCGGCCAUGAGCUAACUGGUACCCCCAGAGGCCCAUGGGAGUGAGGUUGGGGGCCAGCCACGCAUGCCUCACGCAUCUAUAACUGGAUGGUGUGUUAAUAGUUCAUUAUCUCAUGGUGAAUUGUUAUUCUUGCCUUAUUUGCUUAAGAAACCUUGAUUUUAUGAAUAGUGAGUGUAUUCUGCAUGUUUUGCUAAAUCCAAGGGAAAUUGAACUCAAGCAGCUUUGCAGCAAACUCAGUCUCUCACUCCCUACCCCUGUCCAGGCUCCCCUGACAGGGAUACUUCAGUGGUUUCCCCACAGCACUUCAGACCUGAAGUUGCCACUUGUCAGGCAGCUGGUUGGGUAUAACCUAUACUCAUGGGGACAGUCUAGCACUGGCUUUCUUUACUAGUACCUAAGGAGUCUUGGAACCGUGGACCAAGUCUUUAUGGAAACUAAAUUUCUGGCCUUUUGUCAAUAUGUCAGGAUUGUUUUUUUUCUCAUACGGAACACUCAAGAGUCAAAGAUAGUGAAUUGAGCUAAGCUAAUAGAUUUUAUGUAAGUUAUACAGUCUUAAUUUGGUACUUGUAAAUAGCGCCAGGUAGGCCUUCUACCUGUAAUACUCCAAGAGUUUCGGCAGCAGAAGGAUUUAGAAAGAACGUUUUUUACAGUCAGUUAAUUUACCAUGUGAAAUUGCUGUAAAUGAUAAUGUGUACAGAUUUUCUGUUCAAAUAUUCAUUUAUAAGCCUCUUGUUAAGACUGUUGUGUUUCUAUUGUUUUUGUAUGGAAUGACGUUGCAAAAAUAAAAGAACUUCCUUUAACUGA